AUGGGACACUUGCAGACCUAUGGCUCUUGCUCUUGGUUCUAUGCAAUUGACCUAGGUUCAAUGUUAGGCUUAGGAUUCUUUGGGUAUCAAUUACUGGAUGAGAAUGGAUUGGACACUGUUGCCAAAGCCUUAUCCUCUGGAUGCUGGACACUUACUGAUGCAGGGAAUUUUGAUAUAUCAGGAGGUAUUGAGACACCUUCAACCUCUGGAGGCCAUGGCAGUGCACCCCAGCUGACCUUAGCUCAGGGAAAUGUUAGGCCUGUAACUCAAGUUUCAGCAACAGGAGGAUCAGCCAACACUGCCAAUUCAUCUACCAUGAAUGUUAAUGAGCAACCAAAAGUAGUUGUACGAGAUACUUUGCAUUUGACUACUAUCACUGAACUUGGUAAAAGGCUAGUGGCAGCUGCUAAAGCAGGAAACGUUGCUCUUGUGCGAAAAUUGAUGGCAGUUGGAGCGCCAUUUAUUUCUGAUGGGCCAAUUGGUAUGACUCCAUUACAUUUUGCUGCUCAAAAUGGUCAUUAUGAAAUCUGUGAACGCCUGUUGUGCGCUGGUUUAAACAAAGAUGCUCGUAAUAAGGUAGAGAAAACUGCUCUCCAUCUAGCUGCAAUGGAGGGUCAUACUGACAUUGUUUCAUUAUUAAUUAUGUCAGAAGCUGACAUAAAUGCCUGUGAUAUGUUAAAAAUGUCACCCCUCCAUUGGGCUUGUGAUAGAGGACACAUAGCUGUUGCACGAUUAUUAUUGAGACACAAUGCAAAAACAGAAAUCCCUAACAAAUUUCAUAAGACUCCGCUUCACUUGGCUGUAGAAAAUGGACACAAAAAUAUCAUUUCACUACUUCAGGGUGAUUUAAGUCUUGAUGAAGGGGAAGAUGCUGUGGCUGUUGACUCCAUCACCUUAGACAUGAUUCAUGAUCCUGUUGUUUGCAAAACAGAAGAAGUUUGUACAGAGGAGGAUGAAGAAGAUCAAGAGUACACAGAAGAAGUGACUGUAAAGCACCGUGUAAAUGAAACCGUGAAAAUAGAAGAGGAAGAGACCAUGUCUAACUUUGAGAAUGAUUUACAUCAUUCCAUCAUUACGGACGAUGAUGCAGAGGAUCAGAAUACUUCAGUCUUAGCUACCCUAGCAGAAUUAGCAGAGGUAACAUCAAGAGGGGGAGGUGGAGGUUGUGUAGAUAUGUCAAGUGUAGCAGCAUUAGAACUUUUGAAAGCUCAAGCAGCCUUGAUGCCUGUAGAUGACAGUUCAGCAUUAGUGACCUCAGCUGUAGCACAUGGGCAGACCCUGCAAUUAACUGAAGCUGGACGACAAGCACUAAAGCUUAUUAAACAAGAACCCCUUCUAUUACCAACAAGCCCAUUGCCUCAGGACCCAGCUGAGGAAAUAGAUACUCAGAGCUGUGCUGAUUCCCCUUGUGAGAGUGCUGUAUCCCGAUCUCAGCCAGACCCAACAUCAACAUCAGGGUGCUUACCAGCUUUGCUCACUUCAUCAUCAAGGGUAAAACCUGUGAAGGAAGCAACUGGGGAUAGUAGGAGUGAAGAGGUGAUGCAGGUGAUUACACUGAGCCCUGAGCAGUACGCUGCCCUCACUGGAGGCAAAAAUGGUCCGAUUAUAUUACAAGUAAUGCCAAGUGAAGGAGAAGGAACAAUGAGUGAGUUGGAUCCAAGUGGCGGUCAACCAUUACCCAAAAGACAAAAGAUAAUGCAGCUGAUCACUAAAACUGGUCAGGCAUCUCUGAGUCAGGGACAAGCCAUUGCCCGUGUCACAGGAGAGGUUAUAAGUGUAGAUCUCUCUGGUACAAGUACCCUCUAAGUCAGCGUCUACAAAUAGCUGUAUCUGUGAUCUCAUACUAAGCCUUGCCAAGUGCAUAAUACAUAAAAAUUGUAUGAUAUAUUUCAUUACUGUAUAUUAUUGUAUAAAAUUGUUACAUGGUAGGUUUUAAAAUUAGUGACUUCUUAACUGGAGACUGGCUAAAAUAAAGGCAGUGAAAUAUUUUUAGAAUAAUUGAGAGUAUAGUUAUGAAAGAAAAUAGUGAAAGUUUGGAAACGUAUUUGUAAACAGUGGACGUUAGGUUUAAAGGAAAUCUGUUUAGAGUUAAAAUAAUGGUAACAAUAUGGUGUAGAAGUUGAAAGGUUGAUCAUUGAGAAUGAAACAAAAGGAAGUCUUUGAUUUUUAAAUAAUUUUUGGGUAUAGUAUGUAUCAUUGUUAAUUCAGUAUCCCCCAUUUUCUUUUCAUAUUCGUGAAAUCAACUUUUGUGGCACUUUCAUCCCAUAUACACAGUGUGAUGAGAUAUCACUUGAAGUUUUACUGGCAUUGUUUGUUCUGUGGCUUUGUUUUAGAAGUCUAAUUAAAUUGACUUGUGUUUAUACAUACUGUAUGUGUUUUUAUAUACUUUACAGCCCCAAAUACUAUAGUUUGUUGAAGCCAAAGAAAUUGGUCGUUUUGAAUAGUAUAGGCUACCAUUGAAGACCCCUGUGGUAGUGAUGGAUGUAAGAACUCAUUCAUUAGAGGACAAAAGCUCAGUUAAUGAAUCUGUUGGUCUUUUUACUAGGAUUUUCAUCAUUUUUAUAGAAGUUCUUUUCUCCUUUGUUUGUUAUAUUUCAUCAGGUGAAAUUGACAAGGAGUUUUUUCUUAAUCACCAUAACAUACCAUGAAUUUUGCAGCAUUACAGUUACAUAUUCUGAAAUCACACAGUAUAUUUAUACAACCCAUAUUUGUGUUGUUCAUAAAAACUGCAACAGUUAUAUACAUUUCAGUGUCAAAUAUCUCCAAACUCGCAUUCUUAUGUUCACAAAGGAAGUACUCCACUCGCUUGACAUUGAAGCCACCUGGACCCUUAGGUAUUCAUCCACCAGUGACCUCAUAUUUUGAUGGUCUGCUGAACUAUCAUCUGUGCUGUUCAUUGCUAUCCUAGGUGUCUGAUUUAGCAAGACUCAUAAGGCUUUCUUUUUCUUUGCAAAUCAGUAACUUCUUGUAGCCAUUUCAAUACUUGCUUUUGUUAAUAUUGUUAAAGAAAGUGUCAAAAUAGUUCUUGGUAAGUUUUCUAGCCUGUCAUUAACGAACUUUAAGUACAGAUCCUCUUGUUUCAUGUAAUUUUAGUAUGUCACCUGUUCUACAGGCAGGUUGGCUUGAUCAUUUGUUGCUGCCCAUUGUAAACCCUGACAGUGCUUCACCUGCCAUCCUCACUAGCUGACCUGUUUGCUUCAGCAACUGCUUCUUACCUGUCUGCUUUUUUGUCUUGUCCACUGAUCAGGACCUCCCACUAGACUUUGUCUACUGUUCAGCUUGACUACUCUGUGGAUUUCUUCUUGUACAGCACCCAUCCAGUGAUAUGUGUGCCUGGCAGUGAUAUGUAUUUUGAGACUAUUUUCAUCCAUUGUAGGCAUUUUUAAGCUGCAAUUACACUAGUCAGUAUUCUUAAACCCCCCUAUUUUUUUAACUUGCCUGCAACUGCACCUGCUAUAAUGCCUACUUCAGUGAUCAUUUUUUCAGCUUCCACAGUGUUAGUCCGGUAGCUGUUCAUUUCUCUUUUAUUAACCACUCCAGCACUGGUGACCAUCAUUGCUACACUGGGCAAACCUGCUCCAGUGCCCACACUUGCAUUCAUGAGAGCCUUCAGAGGAAUGGCUUAGAUGACUGUGAUCAUUAUCAUCUUGAUGACUUUGCACUUUGGUACUAGCGAUUAUUCUUAAUACCUUGACUGCUGUUGUCUCAGUGAUUACUGAAGCAACCUUAGGCCAAGUUCAGGGAUUUGGCUUAUUCUCUUUAAAAGUCCCUGUCUUCAGAGCUUAGUUCUUGAAGAUGUUCAACACUGCAUUUCUGCAAUGAUUUUUGGGGUGCACCUGGGUAGCUAUUAUCACAGCACCUUUUGCCAUAUCUUGCAGUUUGAACUGGGCCUUCAGUGUGGUCCUGUGUGGAAUUUUUGGUAUAUUGUUUAAAGUCAGAACUCGUCCUUAGUUCUUUACUCAGUACUAGAGGAAAGACCUUACAAUCUUGUAACAGCCAGACAGGUCAUUGAAGAAAAUUUGGUAAGCUUCAGAAAAAAGUUGAUGCAGGUAAGAGCAAAAAGUUUUGUUUGGAGCCCUCUUUCCAGGUCCAUGACAUAAUACAAUUUCCAAGAGCUCUCCUGAACCCAUCUGGCCUAGGCAAACAAUGUUGAACAUUCAGUAACUUAACCCUCAACUAAAAAUUGUUUGAGGAAUUAAUGAUUGAUGAGGUUUAUAUUAACAAAGUUUUGAUUACUUA